UUUGAUGAUGGGCAGCUCUUCAUUGAUGGAGGAGCCUCUGUAAGGAAUUUAUGUCAUUCACACACUUCUUUUCUAACCCAAAAGCCCACGUGUCUCUGUCUCUCUAACUCUUUUCUCCUUUCCUUAUAUCAAGGUAAAAGAAAAGAUUUACCUCCAUUUAUGAGUAAUAGCAAGAAAGGCAAGGAGGAGAAAAGGAAGUUGCUCGUUAUGGAUUGUUUUGGUAGCAAGAAACAAAGCAGUAACCAAUGUAAGAAAGAUCUUAUAGCGUUGGCAGAGAAGGUAAGGCUUCUCCAAGAGGAAAUCAAAGCUAUAAUGUGUGAAAGAGAGAAAGAGGGCAGAGCUUACGAGAGAGACAUGCUAAUUUAUGCAUUUAAGGAAGCCGAGUGGAAGCAAGAGAAGAAGAGGCUUAAAGAGGAAGUGAAGAGGUUGAGAAAGAUGCUGGAAGAGAAGGAAGAGAGGAUUAAAGAAAUGGAAGGUGAGUUAGUGGGGGAGAAAAAUGAGAAAAACUGGCCAUUUUCAGGCAUGAAUUCUAGCUUCUUGGUGGAGCAAAUGAGGGAGGAGAGAGUGUGGAGAGAUGAGGCUGUGGAUAAGUGGAAGAAGCUGUAUCUUGCUAUCAAGACUGAGCUUGAUGAUCUCAUUCAGAGGACUCAUCGUGGGGAUGGACUGUAUUGGAAAGCGGAGGAAGAGGACAUGAUUGAAGAAGUAAAGAUGGAAGUGAAGGCCAAGGAGGAAAUCAUUGAAGAGCUGAAAGCAAGAUUAGCUUUAGUGGAGCGUGAAGAGUACAAGAGGGCGAGAGAGGUUGAUAUACUGAGGCAGAGUUUGAGAAUCGUGAGCAGUAAAAAUGCUCCAAGCUUUGAUCACAGCAAACCCAAGUUGACACUUGUGAAACAGGCUAGAAAAGCAUAACAUUUUUAGCGGAGUUCUACUUCUGGUAGAUUGUAUGGCUUUUAAAGUUCAAUGCAACAACUCCAACUUUGCAUUGCUAUAAUUGCUUGCCAGUCAAAUGCAACAAACUUUAGGAAAUACUGUCUGGAUUAAUAAAUAUGAGAUAGUAGAAAAAACAAGAAAAUGUGGGACACCAGGAGAGAUGUAUAGAGCCAGGUUAAAAUUUCUGUUCUCCA